AUGGAUAUCAAUGCACAUUUUAAAUUUUACAUUAUAUCAGCUUAUUGUAUUUUCACAAUUUGCACUAUUGUAACAGAGUCUCUUUUAACAAAAAAAUUUAUGAAAUUUGUAAAAAACUCUUUAAUUAGCGAUCUUACAACAAUGGCAGCGUAUACUAACCAAAUGUUGUGUACAAAACUGCUGAUGUUACUAGAGAUUUCUUAUGCUGCUGAUUUUUAUUUUAAUAAGGAUAUUAACAGUCUUGUACAGAUUUUUAUUGUAAAAUUAAUAAAUGGAAUGGUUUGGCUAAACUUAGGCAACAAAAUUAAUACUGAUAUUGAUUUUGCAAUUCAUAUUAUUAUUACUUUUAUUUCUAUGUGUCUCAUUUUUUGUAGUUUAUAUUUUGAGUACAGUUCUAUUUAUAAAUAUUAUAAUCGUCAUAUUAGUUAUGAUCCUAAAAUUAUUUCGGUUUACUUAUUUCUUCGAAUUGUCAAUGCUGUACAAAAUGCAACAAAAGUAUUUUUAGUUAUUCGCUCUAUAAUUAGUAUACAUAUUAGAUAUUGCGAUUUUUAUACAUUUUAUUCAUUUAUAAAAUUUUUGGCUAUAAUUAUAAUCGAAACGUACGACAAAAGAGAGAAAAAUAUUUAUAAUAAGGUUAGAGCUUAUACUACUUUAUAUUUUUUACUUUUCAUGUUUGGUGUUGUAUAUAUGAUAGCUACACUUAAAAACGAGACAGUAAAAUUCCACUUUAUAAGUUUUAAUUUUGAAAUACUUACAUUGUUUAGUUUUAUACUUCUUGUAUGUUGCACGGUAAAAAUGCGAAAAAAUUAUUAA